AUGAAAACUAUAACUACAGUAAAUCAGCGUGACUUCAUAAUUACAGUUGUUCAGAAUAAUUUUGAACCCGGGUAUAUAUGUCAAUCAGAAGCCUUGCGAAGUAAUAUAUGUCAAAGUUCAUCAGAAGCAGUUACUUCUAUAUAUCAACAAGCUUUUUCUACAAAAACUAGAUUAGAUGGUCUCUUAGUUAUGGGUUAUGAUGAUUCAGAGAUAUGUAAAAUGUUACUUUCCGAUAUUUAUUUUCAUCCUUAUGCUUUUAAAAUUGGAAACUUGAACUUGACUAUUUUCGGAAUUGGUAAAUCAAACAACCCUGAUUGGAAUUAUGCUGGAAAAGGAUAUCGAAGCUCUUUUGUGCAUAACUUUCGCAAAACUCGAACAAUAUUUUUUCAAGAAUUUAAUAAUAAAGAAGCGAUUGUUAAAAUUUAUCAAAAUUUUCAAGAAAUUCAGAUUUUUCGUGAUACUAACCCUAAUUCUGUUUGGAAUAAAAUUGGUAUAUUAGCACAAUUUACAGGAAACACGCUAUUUGGACUUGAACAUGAACGAACGAAGUCAGAAAUCAACAAAGAACUAACCCUUUCGUGUACCGUAGACGAUUGGCAAAAUGAACAAAUAAUGAAUACGCUUUUUAAUUAUCAUCUAAGAAAACAUAUCAAUAUGUCAAUAAUUUGGAAAAAUUUUUUUAUUAGCUGGCAAAAUCAAGAAAGUAAUCUUAUUGAAUUAACAACAAAAUUACAAGAAAUAUACCCACCAAACUAUAUUAUUAAAGACCACGAAUUGCGCACUUGGAGAGCCUUAUUACAAUAUACAGGCUGCACCAACAUAACACUUUUUGGAAAAGAAUCUAAG